AAAUAGAUUCAGUACCCCGAUAAAAAUUCAAAACAUUUUGUAAAGCGCACAUCGCAGUUAUAUUUACAAAGCAAAACGAGAGUGCAGUAAAAUUUUUUAAAAAACAGUAGCAAACGCAACCAUAACACACAGUACGCUAUAGCUCGCCUCCAAUUAAAAUAUCUCAACCACAACAAUAAACAUCAACGUCUCGCGUAUAUUUUAAAUUUUUAGAUCCUCCGCUCGACUGACCUGCUUCACUUCUCGUACGUGAUAUCCCUGUGUACCUGAACUCAUCCUCUCAUAAACCCGCGAGAUUUAACGCGCGCAAAGCUGUAAAAAGCACAGUAGCUGCAUUCGCGUAAACGCUCGAAAGCCGCGCACAUAUAUUGCCGGAACACACACACACACGGUAUACUUGUAUACAUCGCACAAAGGUGAAACUCGCAAAUUGUUUCCGUUUGACAAAUUGGCGAUCGACGCGAUAUGCAUGCAUUAGCAUCGCUUUGCGUUGCAAAUUACGACGUCGCGGGUUAGGGAUUCGGAGCGCGCGAUUGAACGCUUUUACUCUCUCGGGAAUACUUUUAAGAUGCACUUUUAUAUUGUUCGCGUUCACAUAAAGUUAUAUAGGCCUUUCAGCGUUUAAGCGCUUUUGAAAGUUCGCGCGCUUGAUGGACGGGACGUUACCCUGGAUGCAUAUGUUUUUAGGAAUAAGUCAAGCCCGAUUACACUCGACGUCGUGAAACGUUUUAUAUUGGUUGACUUUUCGGAAUUUUCCGUCGCUCGGGAAAUAAACGAGGCUGGAAUUUUUCAAAAGGUAUAUAGAAGCCGGGAGAAGAAGAAAAUUUUAUUAUAUACUCUCUCUCUCUCUCUCUCUCUCUGUCGCGAGUUUAAAAUCGAUUCUUGCAUGAAAAACGCUCGUCGCGCAUGCACAAUGGAAAAGUUCACGAAGUUUCGAGUAGCCCUAAAAAUAACGGCCGACCUAAAACUGACUAUACAUAUUCUGAAGCCACCGAGUGUUAGACGAGCUAUUCGGGAACUUUCUUCCUUGGCGGAUGCGAAAUUAAUUUAUCAGAACUAUUGAGCAAUGUUUCGACGCGGCUUAUCAGUUUUUUUUCUAGACUAAGGGAAUAAUCUGGUGUCCAUACAUCAAAGUGAAGAAUUUAUUUUUACUAUCUUUGUUCGUUACUAAGGUGAAUUCAAUGUGUUCAGUAUACAAAUUUUAAAAAAUCCUAAUGUUAUAGGUAUAUUAUCCAAUUUAAGGCUAAGCAUUCGUCCUAAUUUCUGCCAUAUAUAAAUAACUGCCUGUAACUAUUACGUCUCGACCGUCAAACUCCCACAAAAAGAGCCCAACGACCCUGAUCUUUCGACGACGUACAGUACCAUAUUAUAUUGCUUGGGAUCGCAUUCAAAUAGCCGAUUUUUUUUUUAAGGUUCGCCUAAUCCCACCAAUGAGAACAUUGUUUUACUCUGCCCUACAGACACACCCUCUUUCCCGACAAACAUAACCGAUCGACGGGCCCCCGAAGAAAGAUCUACAAGAGACACAACCAUAAAACAGUCGUAAAGCUGCGACGAACAAGCAGUCACAUUGUCCCCAGCGCGUAUUGGAGCGAGGCAGGGAUUUUCCAAAAUCAUAUAAUUCGGCGACGAUCGGUAUGUACCCGGAACUAUUCUUUACCCCAGCCUAGACUCUGCCAUCACGUGUCAGUCUCCCUUGUCAUCGGUUCCUCCAAAAAUGCGUUUGAGACACGGUCCGCUGAAAGACCGAAAUAUCGGCAGAGCUUUCGAGCUAGGAUUAUCGGACACCUCGAUGUGACUGAUAGGCUCGAUAACGAAGCCCGAGAUUCGCGGGCGAAAGUUACCUUCCAACCGGCAAGUGCUGCAGUGUUUUUUCCACCACCGGAGAAUUCUAGAAAAAGCCGCCUCCCAGAGCUGGAAUCGCGUUUUCGACAAAAUCACGCUUUUCUGGAACGCUGCGGAUUUGAGAAUUCAAAAUCGGCAAAUUGUCAUCGCGAGGAUAGAGGAAACUCAAAAGAUCGAGGAGUCGCUUACCUGUGCAAGAGGUCAGGGAGUACGAGUUUAAGAACAAACUCGACGACUUGUUCGAUAUCGCUCACGUUUCGGCUUUGGAUUUUUUGACGAAGAACGAAGAUCGGUUGUUUUUGCUAGUGCAGAGGGAGAAGGGGAGAAGAGGAUACCUUGGACAGCUCGUUAAUUCCGGUGCUGAGGAGAAAAAGCCGAUGAAGUUUUGACAGUGCAAAUCGUGCCAAUUCAUCAUCAAAACUUCGCUCGCACAUACCGACUAACCAAACAUACCAAAGAUCACAAUGCCAGACAAGGGCCGGAAAAAAUCGACCGGCAAGAAGAACGGAAAAAACGGCAAUGGCAACGGAGGUGGUAGCGGUGGCAAGGGCAAGUCCAAGGGCUCGAAAAAAGGCUCGAAACGCAGUGGAGGAAAGGCCAAGUUCGCCAUGGACGUGUUCAACGAGGAAGCAAUGGAAAACGCUUACUAUACCUGCCACAACAUCAUGGACGUGCUGUUCUGCAGAGGCUUUCCCUGGCCCGAGGCCCAGAAAAAGAAGAAGAAGGGAAAGAAAUAAGGACUGUUUUGAGUAUCUAUACAUUUUAAAUUGUAGGUGUAUUAUAGAGUAUUAAGAAAUUUCAUGAUUGAGAACAGAGAAUGAAUUGCUGAUGAGCGCCACUGAUGAGUGGCUCUAGUUAGAUCGAAAAUUAUAAAACAUUGUUAAUUUUUAUUCAGCAUUGUUGCUGUUACGCAUAAUGUACUCUAACUCAUCGAUGAUUAAGUUGGUUUAUGGAUUCGAGUAUUGUUAUGCAACGUUAAUAACAAUUGUUAAAUAGAAGUGUUUUUUUGUAACAACAGUAGAGGGUAAAAUUUUAUACAAUGAAUAAAACUACACAAAAUGAAAAAUUAAGAUUAAACUAAUUUUUAUUUUGAAAUUACAUAAUAUAUGUGUACAUAGUACAAUUUACAAUAAA